UUAAACUUUUUAAAGAUGUCUGUCCUGUGUGCUAAUGAAAGCGGAUGGUUGUUGGAUGCAUGUUCUCUUAUAGAUGAGGAUUUUCGGCUGUGCUACAGUGUAACCAGGGGGAACUUUAGAUGUCGUUUUAAUAAGCGGUACUUUGACAUCGUGAAGCCUUAUAUAGUGGAUAAAUCCAGCAGUGAUGUUACGAUCAGUCAUGACCUGCUAAAUACAGAGGGACACGAUGACCUGAGGACACGAAAGAAAAGAAAGCGCAGAAGAUGUGAUCUGAAUCAGGGGGAGUUGGAUGCUCAAGCGUACCAUGAAAAGGUCAGACUUCUGGUUCUGGAGGGUAGCCAGACUUUGCUGAAAGCUGGGUAUCACUGUGGUUACCUGACUGAUGCUCUGCCUACAGUGGAGAACAAGCAUCUGCCUACUCAUGAGUGCCAGCUGGUCGCUCUGUGUGACAUGGCCAAGACGCUGCUCACUGUCGAGAAUUCUGAUGCAGUACCUGUGCAGGAUGUUACUGGUCAUUCAGGCUUGGAUUCCGGCUUUGAUUUGUUUUCGUGCCUUAGUGAAAACCCACAUGACUAUGCCUCUGAGGUCACUCUUAUGGGGGAGCGGUAUUUCUUACCCCCCCGGAGUCGCUUCUUAUUGUCUGACUUCACUCGCUUGCAGCCACUCGUCCAAAGUGGGGACAAAUAUGACCUAAUCGUUCUUGAUCCACCAUGGGAAAACAAGUCAGUGAAAAGAAGCAGUAGAUACAGUUUCCUGCCGUCUUCCUGUCUUAAAAAACUUCCUGUACCAACACUGAGUGCUGCAGGAUGUUUGGUGGUUAUGUGGGUUACCAACCGUUCCCGCCAUCUCAAAUUUGUCAGAGAAGAACUUUUUCCUCACUGGGGAGUAAAGCUGCUCGGAGAGUGGCUUUGGCUUAAGGUGACUCGGAAAGGAGACUUUGUGUUGCCUCUGGAUUCUCCACACAAGAAGCCUUAUGAAGUGAUUUUACUUGGCAGGUUCUGUGCUAAAAAUGAUGACCCCAAGAGGUCUGAGGAGUGUGAGAUCCCAAAUCAGCGGCUUAUAGUUAGCAUUCCUUCAGCACUGCACUCUCACAAGCCUUCACUAUCGGCUGUGCUGAAGCCCUACAUCAGGCCUAAUGCAAAGUGUCUGGAAAUGUUUGCUCGAAGUCUACAGACUGAUUGGACAAGCUGGGGAAAUGAAGUCAUCAAAUUUCAGCACCAUAGCUAUUUUACUACUGAGAGUCUGAAGUGUGAGAGUAAAACACCUACUGAGACUACAGAUGCAGAUCAGCAAAUAGAACCAGAAACAGCUGUCUCAUUAUAAAUGUGUAAAUGUACAUUUUUAUUAAACGCUUUUUUAUAAAA